AUGCAGUGGAACAGUCCGGCAGAAGUGUGCCUCAAUAUGUGUGUAGCUGUAUUUGCGGCUUAUGCUGGUAGUUCGGAGAAUUUUGAUGAUGAGCUUUUUCCUGAAUUGUUGGUCUAUGGCGUGACGGAUUUGAAAUACAGUGCUCGAAUAUGUUUGUCUCCAGCGGCGCAAAUUUUGGAAUAUUCAUUUUUUGCAAUCUUCUUCGUCUAA